AACCUGCGGGCACUGAUGUCUGUCAACUUGACAUUAGUAGGAGAGUGAAGAAGAAAUCCGUGAAAGAAAGAACGAUGGCGAGAGGUAGUCGGAGCCUGCGGAAAGUAGCUGAGUGCAUGAAACAGUUACCUUCUACAGCCACCCGGGAAAUACAGACUAGGAACAACGUAAGGUACGCUAUUGUCUCAUGUGGGAUCCUGAUGACUCGCGGGCCUCCCUGCUGGGUGCAGCCUGCGCGGGCGUGCGUCAUGUUGCCCGCCGCAGCUUUCUUCAACCUGGUGAUUCCCUCUCCAAAGAGAAGGUACUCGGGAAGACGCAUCAUUGGGUUUUCCAUGCAGGAGAUAUACGAGGUGGUGGCAGGUGUGGAAAACUACCGCCUCUUUGUUCCCUGGUGUAAGAAGUCUGAAGUGGUGUUCAAGCGAGCUGGAUUCUGCAAGGCCAAACUGACUGUGGGAUUUCCACCUGUGGUGGAGAACUACACCUCCCUCGUGACUACAGUACGCCCCCACCUGGUCAAGGCUUCCUCUUCAGAGGCGAAACUGUUCAACCACUUGGAGACGGUUUGGCGUUUCAGCCCCGGCCUCCCCGGCUACCCUCGUACCUGCACUGUGGAUUUUUCUAUCUCCUUCGAGUUCCGCUCCCUCCUCCACUCCCAGCUAGCUCACGUCUUCUUUGACGAGGUGGUGAAGCAGAUGGUUUCGGCGUUUGAGCGUCGUGCCGCCAACACGUACGGCACAGAGACGGCCAUCCCUCGCGAGCUCAUGUUCCAUGAGGUUCACCACACGUAGUGUCGCCCUCGCUGCACAAAUACAGAUACACAGACAGACACAAAGCCAAUGCCAGAGAGACAAACUAGAGCGUAGAGAGAAAGCAGAGACUACCUGUGUACUUACUGAAAACUGCAGUGCCUUUCUCACAGCAAUGACCAAGUUUAUCACCCAACAAUUUCCCGUCUCAUCUUUGUAUAACUGAUGUGGAUCCACCAGCUCAUUUUCACCUUGGUGCUAAACGCAUGUUUCCAUUUCAUUUCCAUUAUCAGAACUUGGAAUCUGUGGACUGUUCACAGGUUAUGAAUGCGUCUCCAUGGAAACCAUGACCUAGCAGUGCUGCCAGUCAUGACUGGUCAAGCGAGUGUGUCAUCACAUCUGUGAACAUAGCUACACUCAGUAGUUAACGCCACUGCUCUAACCACUGCAUUGCUACCGCUGGAACAGACGUUAAUUCCACAAGCUGCUGCACCUUCCAAAAGCCAGUUCCUAUCAUUGUUUGUCCCCUUUCCAUCAGGGACCAAUGGUCAACCAUAGGGAUGGGACAAAUAAUGGCAGUACAUUGUAUAUUCUGCUCUGCAAGGGUCAACUCUAUUUUUCGCUUCGGUGUGCAGAUUUCCCGAUGUAUAGUAGAUGAUUGAUUUAUUUAUUGCAUAUCAGUGUCCAGGUAGCUCAUGUACCAAGGCUGAGUUCUUGCUGCAGCGGCCAGUGGCCCUUUGCUGCAUGUCAUCCCCUCCUUUCUUUCCCCCCUUUCCUGUCACUCUUUGGCUAUCACUAUGGAUUAAAGGCAAUAACCCUGUUUUAGCAGGUGCUGCAGAGGCUUAGGUGAAGCUGCUAGAUGUUGCGGUGUGGCGAUAAAAGAUGCAAGACUAAAUCUUACAUUGUAGUCAGUUUGGAUGACAUAAAAUGUUUAUUUUCUCUUAAUAUAAUGUUUUCAAGCGUCAUGCAAGAAGUUAGCGUUUCUGUGCAGAUUCGGGAUUGGAAAACAACUUUGACUUCAGGUGAAGCUCUCUGGUCAGUGGGGACAGUGAGCCGGGAGCUUAGCCAGUUAAUUGCUCAUCCCAGGUCAACCCCCAUUACAUGUACAGGUCCAUUCGUAAUCUCUCAUUUACUUGGGUCGCCAGACGCAGGGCAUCGCGCUUCCUUCCGACAGCUGACCCACAUCUGAUGUGAAUCUCAGUGGAGAAGGAUUAUACAGUAUUCAGUGAGAGCUUGUCUCACGUGUUAUGAAUUAGAAAGUGAUCCACAGAUGGUAAUGCCUGCAGAGCACUAUCUUAGUCUUCAGGUUCUGCUUGCUACAUACUCCUUUUUCAGCAACAUAAGAUUGUAAAAAGAGUGUAGGGCUGCAACUAACAGUUUUUUCAUCACUUAUGAAUCUGCAGAUUAUGUUCUUGAUGAAUCCUAAAGAUAUUCAAUUUAAAGGUGCUUGUUAAAAUCACAAACAUUCAUUCAGGCAUUCGUCACUGCUAUAGAGAGAUCAGUCAGUAACAUGGUCUCCCAGUCCCUCCUUCCUGCAGUAAACAGAGAAUACACUUCCUGGUAUCCAAUCAGAGAGAACUCCACAGCAGAAUGUCAGUGUGGUGAAGUGGCGAGCAAACUGCAAGAAAGGACAGGAAGUUAGCCACUUUACAGUUUCACCAUUACUGUCAUAUGUGACAAAGGAAAACAGCAAGUCAUCACAUUUGACAAGCUGGAACCACAGAAUGUUUGGCAUUUGUGGUUGAAAAAUGACUGAAACGAUACAGUUAAUCAACUGAAAUAGUUGCUGAUUCCUUUAGAUUCAACUAAUUGAUUAUCCGACUAAUAGCUGCAGCUCUAGAAACGGUUGGGCAUUGGAUCCAUUGCCCAACAGUGCUGUCAAACCACAUUGCCCACAGUUGUGUCAAGAGAGACCACAGGCAUUAGUCCCCCCUUACUUGUUCAAACGGUUACUGCAGUGCAACAUGCUAAUGAGAGUAGCCUGUUCAUCAUGACACAUUUCCUGACCUUUCUGGUUCUUGGUGUACAAUGAAAAUGAAACCAAGAAACUAACACCAUUUCUGAAAACAAUAAGGCGUGCCAGGACCAAGCAAAAUGCCAGGUCGGGCUAGCAACUCACUUGGCCUGAUUUGGUGGUAGAAGUGGUAAAAAGGAAUUGAACACGUUUUUUCCGAGCUGAUGUUGGAAGUAGCUAAGUAGUGAGCCAUCCCGCUUCCCUCACAUCUCUGUUGAAAGUUGCACACGCUCAGAACCAAAACUCUAUGAGCUAAAGAGCCAGAAAGCAUUUCAAUAUACCUUUUUCCCAGCAGCCAGUUUCACAUGAAAUAGUAGGGUAAACACAGGUGUUACCAAUGAUACUAAUUAAGGUUCUGAUUCUGUGUUUUCCCUACUAUUUCAUGUCAAAAUGGAAAAAGGACUUUUGUUGGGUGGUGUUAGAGGAUGUGGGCAAAAAAAAAAGUUUGAGAGCAAGGUGAAUAAAACAUUGUUUUCAAAGGCACAUCAAGUUUCUGAAAGACGAUGCAGGAGUGCCGUAACAGGAGCCGACAGCGUCUCACUUGCAUGGCAACAAGAAGGGACUAUGUUAAAGCAAUUUGGAUAGGGGCAAGUAAAAAUUGACUUUGGGCAGUAGAUUGAAGUGAAAAAAACAUUGAACCCUGGUCACAAGAUAGAAGGUCAGUUAUAGCAAAGAUGGGUCAUUACUUAUGCUGCUCGUCCCUCAGGAAGGCAGAGGUUAGAGUGAGGGCAACAGUUCUUUUGUAAGAUAAUAUAAACAGCAAUACCUAAGACCAGGAUCCAGAUAGCAUUAAGACCUUGAUGAUUGACGUAUAAAUUCAUGCAAUGUGGCUAAUGCACAGUAACUGUGCCCUGUAAUAUUUGAAUGACCCUGUCUCAGCACACACUACCACAUACUGUAUAUUAUAAGAAUAUAUUCUAAGAAUAAAGGGCAGAGGCAGGUUAGACACUGUCACUGGAAUCAUGCUUUGGGUUUUCAGUCAGAGGACGUGUAACAAUGACUGCAGAUAGAUGUACUCAGUGUACUGUAAACUAUCAGAAAUACACACCUUUUUAAGGGUGCUGAACUUUGACUUCACUUUAUUUCUCAGUAGGGGACUCUGUCUGUUUUUUCCUCUUUUUUCUUUUCUUUUAUGGAUUCUUUACGUUACAUACGCUAUGCUCUCGUCAUUAUUAAGGGAGCAAUGCUGGACAUAAGAGUUGCUAAAUUAUACAGCGAAGUGUGCAAUAUCAGCAGUGUAAGUGUUAUUUUUUAAAUGCAGCUAUAGCAAACAUUAUAUACCAACUGUCAAUACAAGGGCCCAAACUGGCUGGCAAGGCAGAGGCCAGGUCACACACCUUGACCUGGGCUGUCAGUCAGAUGCUGUUUCAGUGAGGAAUCUGCCGUGCUGAAACCUUCACGCUUCCAACUGUCCAACCCACAUCACUCAGAGUGCCUCCUGUCCUACUGGCAGCAUAUUUAUCUUUAUUUUUAAACAUUAUACUCCUUUUAUCAUAUUUAUUACUUAGUUUUAAGUGUAAAUAUUGGUGUAAGAAAGACCUAUACACUGCUUUUAAAGAAAAGUGUCUGUUUCAUGGGAUGGAGAAAGGGCUUGUUCUGUAAAUGAUGUUUGUGUUGAAUGACUUCAGAAAGAUGUACCGACUGCAUCAUUUGUAAACUAUUUUUUCUAAAAAAUAAAAAAAACCUGACUUGGGUUUUUUUGGGUGUUAA